CUGAUGGCAUUGGCGUCUCUCCACUGGAUCGUCAGGCUGCUGGUGGUCCUGAUCAUCUUUCAGGGUGUGUGUGUGAUGUUUUACUACACAACCAACACACACUCGUUCAGAGAUGCGAUGACAGAGACGCUUCAGCAGCUGCACUGUGCAAAACUCAGGCACAAGUUUUCCAUUAUCAAACCGGCCAAAAGUAUAAAUUUCAAGAGUUUCACGCAGGAGCUGUCAGAUUUCUUGAGCUGCCCGUACAAAUCAAACCAAACUGAGCGUGAGUUAAACAGAGUCAGGCUGCAGUUUUGUUGUAACGCCACAGGAACAUUCAUCCUCACCAAACGCAACACAGCCGACAAUCAAACCAUCGAAUAUGAAACAAGCACAACAAAAACAUACAAAAUGACUGCAGAACUUCACAGUAUGCUGCCCGAGGACAUCCCCUGGUCCGGUCGGCGUCUGGGUCGGUGUGCUGUGGUCGGCAGUGCUGGGAUUUUGAAAAACAGCAGCUGUGGACGUGAGAUUGACAGCGCAGACUUCGUCAUACGGUUUAAUUUGGCAGCGGUUAAUGACAGUGAUGUUGGGAUGAAGACGGAUCUGAUAACAGUCAACCCCAGUCAGAUUCGGUCAGUAUACAAAAACCUGGAGAAGAAUCCAGAUCCGUUGGUGGAGCGGGUCAGUGUGUACGGAAACAGCACCCUCAUUAUGCCCGCCUUUGCCUACACGUUCUGCACGUCUGUAUCAAUCAAAACUCUCAAAGUCCUCCAGCCAAUCAGACCUCAGCAGCCGGUGGUGUUCUUCAGCCCCUCUUACCUGCAGACGCUGGACCGUUUCUGGAAGGGGCGUGGCCUGCAGGAGGUGCGGCUCUCCACGGGGUUUAUGUUAAUCAGCACGGCGCUGGAACUGUGUGAGCACGUGCACGUUUAUGGAUUCUGGCCAUUCGGCAGCAACCUGCAGGAGCGUCCGGUUCCAUACCAUUAUUACGACCAGGUGACGGCGAGCCGCCACAUGCACAAGAUGCCGGAGGAGUUUGUGCGACUACUGCAGCUCCACAGCCAGGGGGCGCUGACACUACACCUGCAGCCCUGCUCCUCACCAGGGGCGGAUCUAGAAAAUCAUUUAUAGUGUGGCACGAGGACUGUGAGGGGUGGCAACACCGAAGCAAACAAACAUUCAAUCAUCUAUACCAGGGGUUCCCAAACACAUUUCUGGAGCCUCCCCAACACUGCACAUUUUUCUUUGUCUGACACACCCAUUUCAGGUCUUGGAGUCUCGACUAAAGAGC